AUGGCAACAUCCCAACUUCGUGCCGAGGCCGGCACCACAAAAGGUCAAACACCACAAGUGGCACCUUUGAAACUGGCCAAAAUCAAGACCAUCGAGUACUUCCGCGUCAAGCCGCGGUGGCUGUUUGUCAAAAUCACCGACGACCAAGGAGGCUAUGGAUGGGGAGAAGGGACGUUGGAGGGACAUUCCCAGGCCGUGGAGGGUGCUUUGGACGAGAUUAUUGAGCGGAUUAUAGGAUAUGAAGCCGAUGACAUCGAACAUAUCUGGCAGACGAUCUGGCGUCUAGGCUUCUACCGCGGGGGGCCGGUGUUUAUGUCUGCCCUGUCGGGAAUUGAUAUUGCGCUGUGGGAUCUCAAGGCUCGCAGACUAAAUGUCCCCAUCUACCGUCUCCUCGGCGGCAAAGUCCGCAACAAGAUCCAAGUCUACGCCUGGAUCGGCGGCGACCGGCCCAAAGACAUCGAAGCAGCCGCCAAAGCACGCAUCGCCCAGGGUCUCAAAUGCAUCAAGAUGAACGCCACCGAAGACGUCAACUGGCUCGACUCGCCCUCGGUUCUCGACGCAACCGUCGAACGCCUCAAGGCAGUCAAAGCGCUCGGACUCGACGCCGGCCUCGACUUCCACGGCCGCCUGCACAAGUCCAUGGCCAAACAACUGGCCAAACUGCUAGAGCCGCAUCGACCCCUGUUCAUCGAGGAGCCAUUACUCGUUGAACAUCCAGAAGGGUACAAGCAAUUGUCCGACAGCACGACGAUCCCCAUCGCCACCGGCGAACGUCUCUACACGCGCUGGGAUGUGAAGAAGUUUCUCGAGGAUGCCAGCGUCGAUAUCUUGCAGCCGGACAUUGCGCAUGCCGGUGGCAUCUCCGAGACUCGUCGCAUCGCUACCAUGGCUGAAGCAUAUGAUGUUGCUAUUGCGCCUCAUUGCCCGCUAGGUCCGAUCGCCUUGGCGGCUAGUAUUCAGGUCGCUUUGAGUAUUCCGAAUUUUGUGAUUCAGGAAAUGUCCCUGGGGAUGCAUUAUAAUGUCGAGGCUGGCGAGGAGGAUCUCAAUACUUAUCUGGUUGAUCAGUCGGUCUUUGAUAUUGAGGAUGGGUAUGUCAAGGCCCCUACGGGACCGGGGCUCGGGAUUGAGAUUAAUGAGGAGGUGGUGAGGAGGAUUGCGAAGGAGACACAGCCGUGGAAGUGUAAGGAGUUUUAUGGUCCUGAUGGUUCGAUAAGGGAGUGGUAG